UUGAUUCUGAUAAUUUUUCUAGGGAGAAAGAAAAUGGAGUCCACCAAAACGGCAAUGGAGGCAUUCGAGAAGCUAGAGAAGGUUGGAGAAGGAACCUAUGGCAAAGUGUAUAGAGCCAGAGACAGAGCCACUGGAAAGAUCGUCGCUCUUAAGAAAACUAGGCUUCAUGAAGACGACGAAGGUGUUCCCCCCACAACACUUCGAGAGAUCUCAAUAUUGCGAAUGCUCUCCCGUGAUCCUCACGUCGUCAGGCUGAUGGAUGUGAAACAAGGUGUGAAUAAAAAUGGGAAUACUGUUCUCUACUUGGUAUUCGAGUAUAUGGAGACCGAUUUGAAGAAAUUCAUCAGAUCAUAUCGCCAAGCCGGUGAGAACAUUCCACCUCAAGUUGUCAAGAGCUUGAUGUACCAGCUUUGCAAGGGCGUUGCUUUCUGUCAUGCUCAUGGUGUAUUGCAUAGGGAUCUUAAACCGCACAAUCUUUUGAUGGACCGAAAGACAUUGAUGCUUAAAAUAGCCGAUCUUGGACUUGCCCGAGCUUUUACUCUACCACUUAAGAAGUAUACUCAUGAGAUUUUGACCCUUUGGUAUAGGGCUCCAGAAGUCCUUUUGGGUGCCACCCAUUAUUCAACAGCAGUGGACAUGUGGUCCGUUGGCUGCAUAUUUGCUGAACUAGUCACAAAGACAGCUAUAUUUGCUGGAGAUUCCGAGCUUCAACAGCUACUGCAUAUCUUCAGGUUGUUGGGUACUCCGAAUGAGGAAAUCUGGCCAGGAGUGAGCAAGCUCAAAGACUGGCACGAGUAUCCCCAAUGGAAGCCGAAGCAAAUAUCAACCUCUGUUCCAACUCUAGAUCAAGAUGGUCUCGAACUCCUUUCGAAAAUGUUGGAGUAUGAACCAUCAAAAAGGAUUUCAGCUAAGAAAGCAAUGGAACAUCCAUAUUUCGAUGAUCUGGACAAGACCCAUCUCUGAAACGUUGAAUUUGUUGUUGCUUGUCUCGAGCAAAAUUGACUUUAUUUGCUGUGUUUUCAACUUUAACUUCUGUGAUUUGUUGGUAGUUCUUAAUUCGAUUAGAAGGGCUUUUUAGGAAUUUAAGGCCUUUUGCUUGUAUUGGCAACUCGUAAUAUCUUGUACCCUACUAUUUUACAAGGUUAUCAUGACUUAAAACUCUCCUAUAACAUU